UCACAGUAUGAUGGUACCAUGAAAGAAUGUUCUCGCACGGAAACAUAUGCAACAGGAAUCCCAAGAGAAUACUUGCAAAAGAACCAUUUCAGCUCCUUCAGCGUGAAGGGGAACCGAACAAUCAGCAUGCCAUCAUACUAUCGAAAAAAUUCUGGCCCACAAAGUCCACUGGGUGAGAAUGAAGUCUUCUAUAGAGGCGUGGCAAGCAGUCGAAGUGAACCAGAUCUCCUAAAUAUGCAAAACACACAGACUUUAAGAAGGCUGAGAAGCAAGUCCCGACCUGUAGAUUGGACCAAGAGCCUUCAUGCAAGGCGAAAUGUUGUCCGCCAUUUCUCAAUGCUCCCAGAUACUAAAAGUCAUGAAAAAGGUCGGUUAAAUUUAUCGACUUCAGGGAUUCGAAGUAUCAAAAGAGGAAGUACUAUUCAUAGAACAGCAAAUGAAAUACGAGACUUUGACAGCAAUAUGAAUCUAAAAAAAGCAGUGAUGCUUUUAUCCGAUCAGGAUCCCAGUGUUCUGGCCUACGCUGCUUCUUACAUUCAGCAUGAGUGCUUCAAGGAGGACAUGGCUAAAACAGCGAUUUCUGAAAUGAAUGCAAUUCCUCAACUGAUCAACCUCUUGGGAAUCAAAAAUAACAACGUUCAGCAGUCUGUCUGUGGAGCUCUUCGAAAUGCAGUCUACAAGAACGUCAACAACAAGCUUGAAGUAAAGAAAAAUGGUGGGAUCAAACCAAUCCUUCAGAUCCUGAGAGAAACAAAUGAUCUGGAAACACAAAAGCAAAUAACUGGACUCUUGUGGAACCUUUCAUCAUGUGAUGACCUCAAGGAAGUCUUGAUUAAAGAUGCCCUGCCAGCCCUGACUGAGUCUGUGAUUAUUCCACAUACUUCUGAGGAAUAUGGAAAUCCAAGAAUCAACGAUUCCAAUGUUUUCUACAAUGCCACAGGAUGUCUAAGGAACCUGAGCUCUGCUGGUCAAGAAGGCCGGCAGAUGAUGCGCAACUGCAAUGGAUUGAUUGAUUCUCUUAUGACUUAUACUCAAGCAUGUAUCAAUGCAAACCAAGCUGAUGCAAAGUCGGUUGAAAACUGUGUUUGCAUCCUACAUAACCUCACAUACCACUUGGAUACUGAAGUGCCAGCUGUGUUCAGCCACAUUAAUGGGAAAGGAAGUGUACGGAGCCAAAACAGAAUGACAAAGAAGUCCUCUGUGGGCUGUUUCAGCCCUGGAAAUGAUCAGUUUGAUGAGCCUGAUUUAGAUAAUAUGCCUUUCCUGAAAGAGGAUGACAAUCCGAAAGGUGUUAACAAUCUUUCACACUCAAAAGCAAUCAAAAUGUACACAUCCCUUUUGGGUAAAUCCAAGUCUGAUGCCACACUCGAAGCUUGUGCGGGAGCUCUGCAGAACCUUACUGCCAGCAACAACAUGUCAUCAUACCUGAUGAGUUCAACCAUAGUAAACAAGGAAAAGGCACUUCCUCGGGUCGCAAACCUUCUCCAGUCUAGCAACCCAGACAUACAGAAAACUGCAGUUUCACUGCUGAACAACAUGUCAAGGCAUAAUAGUCUGCAACCAGAUUUGGCAUCUCAGACAUUGCCAGAGUUAGCACGACUUCUCCCUGGAGGAGGUAGUAGCUCCAAGACUUCGGAUGACACCAUCGCUUCCGCCUGUAAUAUUAUGCGAAAUCUGGUGCCCAGUAAUACUGCCAUAGCAAAAACAGUACUACAGGGUUCGAUGUUGAAUAAUCUAAUGAGCCUCAGUAAAUCCAGUGCCUACCCCUCAGCUGGCAAAGCUGCCUGUCUCUUCCUGUAUGAAAUGUGGGCGCAGAAAGACUUGCAGAAUUUCUUCAAAAGGGAAGGUUUCAGCAAGAAGGACUUUGUAAAUCAUCUGACUUCAGCUGCUGUCAAAUUAGCUCAGCAGAAUGCAGGGACGUUCCAAAGUAAAAAAUUCCUUUAACUGAAAUGUUCAAUACUGUCAAGGUGGAUUCUCUUUUGGUGACAAAAGAUCACUUCAGUGGAACUCGUAUGAUGCUGAAUUUAUGGAGAAAAUUUGCAUGUUAAGCCACAAGUGAAUCUUGGGCAUUGGGAGUGGGGAGGGGUAAAGUAAAAUGUUAGCAAUUUUGUUUUUGAACUUUUGCUUUAACUCGCAAAGUUGAAUAUUGCAAGCUUACAGCUCACGAUGUACAUUCAUAAGUCACUGUGACAAAGUUUUCACCAGGCAACAAGCUUUGCUGUGAAAUUUCAAGGCUGCAAUUCUGUACACACAACACACACAAACAUAUAUAUAUAUACACAUACGUAUGUGCAUCUCUCUCUCUGUCACACACACUUGUAAGUAAUACACACACAUACAUACAUACAUAACAGUAAACAGGUAGGUAAGCAAUUAAUCAUUGGGCAGGGAUUUAGUCCUUGAAAGCCUUUGCCCAGUGAAGGCCCAGGGAUAGACCCCACCCCAUGUUGCCCCUUGCUAAGUCAAUGCCGUCUGUUCUUCAGGGACUGGAUGCAGUGCCAGCACUACCGUUUCUUUGGCAGGCAGAUUUGAGUUGGGAUUUCCAGAUGGAGGAGACAUUUGUUUCAAGCCAGUUAACAAUCUGACAAGCUGUAAAAUGGCUGCGUGGUGAGCUGACCAGGUGAAAGCGGGCUUGCCCUAAUUUUUUUGUUUAAGCCAAGGACAGGGCAACCAUCUGCGCAUAAAAUUCUGGCAAAUGUGCAUAUUAGUCACUUUUAAAAUGAUGGUAACAGCAAGGUGAUUGAUAGAUCAUUGUACCAUGACUUUGGGUAUACUGGAUGCCAGUUGGAAAGAUCUAUGUAAAAUAGUUUCAGGUAAUUUUGCUACAUUAUUUCAGUAGAAAAUCUUUUGGAACAACUGUUAUCUUAGCAAUGAAGCAGAUGACAUUUCAGAUCUCGAAUCCUUUCAAUAAAUGCAAAAGCUUUUUUGUAUUCUUCUAAUGCUGUCAGCUUGUCAAAUCUAAUAUUUGCCUCUGCAAACAUUAAUUAAGAACGCUAGAACAAAUCUAAUUAAGAGAAGACAAAUACAUUACAGCUUUGACUUUCUAUGAACGGAUCUAAUUGCAACACAAAAUGACAAGGUAAAAAUUUUCACUGUUUAAUUAAGCAUCUAUUUGAUUUGUUAUUUACAUCUAAACAUACAUGUCAUGUGUGUCUUGCUGCUUACACAUCUUCUUUGUUUAUGAAUGUAUGUUAUAAUACUCUCUUUGAACUAUUCCAAAGAAAGCAGUAGUCAAAUCCUGCUUAAAAUACCAUUGUUAAAUGGGAAUUUAUAACUGUUAGACCUGUCCAUUUGCCUCACUUGUGCAUAACCUUUUUGAUUCAGUGGGAUUGCUGUGUAAGCACAUCUCACAAAACAAGUUCAAUAAUAAAUGAAACUUAGAAAAUAUUAAAAUCAAUUUCACAGUAAAUUAAUCUUGUGCCACCUGAGUUUAAAGAUGAUCAAAUAUAAGCAGCCAUACAGUGGGUUACUAUUAGCAUCAUGACCAUCUAGUUUGAUCUUAUAAGCAGUCAGCAAUGUUAGACUUCUUUCUAAUAGUUUCGAAAUUUAUUGGGAGUCAACCAGAACAAAAAAAAACACUGAUGUUGUCUAUUAUCCUUUCAAAAACAUUCAUUCUGAUUUUAUUCAGAAUAAAAAAAGCCAAACUGUAGUUCUGAUUAAGUACUUGUCCAUCAUUUUCACCAUUGAAUAAAAGUACUUGGUUCAUCUAGCUUAAAUAUUGCACAUCGCAUUCAAACCUUUCAGACUGUUACUAAUUGAAAUCUUCAAUGGAUGUGCAUUCCAAAUUUACUGCCACUUCUUUACACGAAUACAAUGUGAUUUACCCAGACUGUCUGAACAGCCUGUGAUGAAGAGUCAUUCAUACUCGAAACAUUAGCUUGCUGUCUUUCCAUGAUCCGCUGUGAUCUCCAACAUUUGUUGUUUUCAGUACAGACUUUACACAAGAUGCCUUAGGACCAGAGAAAAGUAUUCUACAUCAUCUUAUUUGACAAAUUUCUCAUCUGACAAGACAUGUGUACAAUACUUAACAUAAACAGACAUUUUCCUGCCAGUGAAAUUUGGAUAUGUUCAGUUUUUAAUAAAUAGUAACCUAUUAUCUUCAAUGUUGUACAAUGUUGCAAUGCACACAAUCCUACUGUGCAUUAUAUAUUUUCUUUUACCAAUCAAAUGAUUCGAGAUAUUCAUAAAGCUUGUACAUGAACUACAUUGAUGGUUACAGAGGCAAAUAAAGUUCAAAAUGCUCUUAUAACAUUGUGUGGGAAUUCUCUCUUUUUUGUUUCUACAUUUGUGCUCGCUGAAUGUCAGUUUUAUUUAAUAAGGGAAAAUAAAAUCAGACUUUGGGGUAACAAUUUAGCAGUCAGUUUAAAAUCUGCCAUCUUGUACCAUGCAGAAUAUUUACGAAUUGAAACUAAGUUUGAGCGUUAUUGCGAUCGAUGCUAAUUUGUACUGAAUCUGUUGCUUGAACUUCUCUAUCAAGACUCAGCGAUGUGGAGACAUCCCACUAAUUUGUUGAAAUCAGUGCAAUUAGGUUAACUUAAAUCAUUUGUCUUGGAACCAAUGAAGAGUGACUCAUCAUCCAUCAUUAGCAUGUGGGAUGAAACUGUUCCCAUCAGAGGAUGAUUUGGGAAGAUGUGUUGCACAGCUGCUGCCCAUUGGAAUUUUGACCAGGAUGCACUCUUAAUUGGUAUCAAAGAGUUUUCCUGUUCAACAAGGGGCAGUAGACAGGAUGUGGAAACUAGUCAGUGUGAGAUUUCAGAGGAGUACCUGGCUACACCUGACAGCCCAGCCUGUUGCUGUGUCUCCUUCCCAUCAUGUGAAAGCUAGAGGACAACUGGUAAUUAAUAAAAUAGAAGCAGAGCAAAAAGGUGAAAGUGGUGGGAGCCAGUUCAUUGUAUUUAUAAUAUUAGAGUACAACAUCAUCUUGCACUUAUUUGACCUCUUUAAUACAGAAAGAUUUCCAAAAUGUUUCACGCAAACAUAAUUAAACUUAAAAAAAAAACAAAGGACGCUGAGCUGAAGAGAACAUAUUAGGAAGUGUGAAAAAGUUGGAUUUUGAGAAGAGCCUUUAAAACAGCCAAAGCAGGUGGCGCCACAGGGAUUUAAGGAAAAAUAUAAAAGAGUGGUGCUUAGGUGGCUAAAAGGAAGGCCUUCAAUACACCUAAUAUAAGGCAGUUUGUGCUGAUAUUGUCUAAAUGUGAUAUAUUAAGUCUUUUGAUUUUUCUUAGAUUGUAUAACCACAAAAUUUUAAAUUUCUGUACAGUUAAAUCCCUUAUUUCUGAUGUAGCAGUAAAUAUAAUAAGUUCUGAAUAAAAAUAUUUUAAGUGAAA